AUCUGGGGAGGCUGUUUCUUCUUUCUUUUUUUGGUUAUUUAUUAGUCUUUUGUGUUAAUUUGGGCUUUUCUUCACAGCGGACUCAGGAAAUCCCUGGAAAUGUGUUACAUAUUGAUGGAGGAGUGGACCGAAUAAUGCCAUAUCGUUCCGGGCGCGAAAGUGAAACAAAAUAAGAUCAAUGUUAAGCAGUCACAUCAUUAUAUUGAAUUAUAAAAGUGAGACAAACAUAACAGUGACACAACAGCGACACACAGUGAAGAGUAGCUAACACAGUAACACCGUUGUCGAGGCAAGAAGGCAGUAAGGUAAUGGCGGGCGGCGGUGGCGGGGUAGCAGCAGACGACGUGAGCAUGGCAGGCUUCCACGACAAGAAUUCCCGAGUGGUGGGCACAUGGAAGAUAAUUGAAUGUGUGUCCCUAUCAGGCUCAUCUGAAGCUACUGGCAUUGAGGGCACUGAGUUUGUUCUGUCUGAGGCCGGGGAUGUGACGUGGAGUGUGACGGACAGUUGUGACUCCCUGCCACUCUUCUCCUGCCAGAUGUAUGAGGUGUACACUUACCAGAACUUGCAAUGCUAUGGCAACCGCACCUUGCUUCGCUUUGCUGCCUACAAUGGACACAUCAUUGAGUUCAGGCUGGACCAACCAGUGAUGUCUCGGGACCUGAUGUUGCUCACGUAUGAUGGAUGGUUUAUGCUGCAGUGCGAGAAGCUGGGGGUUCCGGAUGUAUCCCCUGACCUUCCCUACUCUCUCCUGCCGGCUCUCAGUGAUGGCUACUUCUCAGACAUCACCAUCACUGCCAAGUCAGGAAGGAAGUUUGAGGUCCACAGCAUCAUUCUACAGUCCAGCGUACCUGACAUAGAGUGGAAGUCUCUGGAGGGAAUGGAAGACCCAGCCCUUGAAACAGUCCUCCACUACUUGUACACUCGCUGCUUGCCUCCCACCCUCACCCCAGAGACUGCCCAGCGCACCCUGGACGCCACUGCACACCUUGUCCCUGCCCUCACUGACCUUAAGGAAAAGUGUGAGGUCUUCAUCAGAAACACGGCUCUUAGAAACAGGCUGGUGUCACUGAUGGAGGAGGUGCAGGAGUGUGUGGAGGUGAUGGUGCAGAUCUUCAACCCAACAGAUCCAGCAGCCACCAGCCCCACACACCUCAUCUCAGUCCUCAAGGCAGCUCUAAGACAGAUGGCAAUAGGUGUAGUGAAAGUGGUGGAGCUGAGCCAGGAGUUUGAGCGGUGUGGGUGGCGGCUUACACAGAGUGAGCAGCAUGAGGUAAUGCGCUACACACGUUCCUGCCUGCCGCCACUGCUGGUGACGGUGGUGCGGCUCCUUGGCAAUGUGCGGGCCUCCCUGGUGGCUCUCAAUCACCACAAGCGGCAACAGUUGGCUCAGCAGCUGGUUCCUGAGAUCAGUGCAGUGCUGCAGACAGUGUGUGUGGAUGUGGGUUCCCUGCGGACAAGCUUGGAGCACAUCAUCCAGGCCUCCUCCACCUCCCUUGAGUCCUCUCACUCUCCCACGCACCUCCUCGCCAAGUCACUUAGAAAUGAUCUCCAUCUCCGAGAGCUGCAGAAAUUGAGAAUCUUGCAGGAGAACUUGACCUCCUUCCUGAACUCCCUGGUGCACAAGAGGGAACAGUUUGAGGAAAUGGGGGGCGGGGCACGGGUCCGAGGGGUGGCCAGGAUUAUCAACCACUUCACAGAGGAGCUGAUGGUGCUGACGCUGAGGCUGGAGGAGGUGGCAGUGGCUCUGGAGGACAUGCUGGAGUGGUCCGAGUUCAAGUUUGUGUUCAAGGGCGCCACUUCCAAAGUGGGGAGCAUUGUGGAGCGUCUGGUGGAGCAUCGAGGGGUGAUGGAGGCGCUGGUACUGGAGAUGGUGGAGCGUGUGGGUCACCCUGCCUUCACCACGUCCCUGCAGCACCUUGGACUCCUGGCCCCCUCACAGCAUCCCUCAGCUGGGGAGUCUCCUUCACCUGUGGAUCUGAAAGGCCAAGAAUUCCGAUCUUCUCCUGAGGACCCUAGUUCACCAGGAGACGCGGACACCUUUGCUGACUCUGCCUCCCGCCCCUCCUGCCCCUUGGAUCAGCUUAGCAGUGGUGGUGGUGGUGGUGGUGGUAGUAGCAGGCAGCAGCAGUCACUUCCACAGCCUCAGCAGCAUUCCUCGUCCACAAAUUCCUCGUCCUCCCAGUCUGAAGGGGACCCACUCUCAGAUGACCUCCCCAAUUCCUUCUCUAAGCAGCUCAGCCUGGUGCGGCGUGUGUGCGAGCCACCACCAUCACGCACCAGUCCCCUCGCCCUCAAUGUGGCUCGCCUGCUGACCUCCCCCAUGCUCAGCGACAUGACCUUUGUGGUGGUACCUCCUGCGGAUGAUGAGACCUCCCCUUCCUCCAGCCUUGAGGACCUGCACACUAUGGAGGGGCAGGAUGCCAGGCCAGCCAGAGGUGCCAGCAAGGACUCCUACAGCAGCGAGUGGUCAGAGCACUGCACACCUUCCCACCCCGGCCCCCCACAACCAUCCUGCACCACCACCUCCACCACCACCACCUCUGUCUCCACCUCUGCCAUGCCCAAGGUGUCUUCAACUGUCGUCCGCAAAGUGAAGAAGUCCUUGAGCCUGGACCACCGUCCAUCGGCGCGGGUGAGCCUGCCCUCCCACGCCUACAGUCUUGACUGUGAUGCCGUGAGCUGCGGCAGCGACGGCGGGCUGCCUAUCGCCUCGCCGCGGACCAGGGAGAGCAGCAGCGACCGGGCCAGCACUGACCUGGCUACUGCUGCAGUCUGUGAUGGUAGUGUUAAGUCAGUUCGGGAGGAGGAGGUUGAAUGGGGUGGACGAGGCAAGGUUGCAGCAGCUGCUGUGCUCCCCAUGAACUGUGAUAAUAGUGGUGGGAUGACAGACUCUUCCUCUGGGGUGACAAGCUCCCCGUGCAUGGGCCAGGCAGGGCAGGCCCUCAGUGACUACAAGGCCUCAGCAGGGCCCAAGGAGCUUCCUGUCAGUGUGGGGAGCAAGGGGCAGGAGGAGGAGGGCUGUGUGACCAGAGAGGCAGCCAGACAAUCAAAACACCUCGAGGAAACUCGGCCAAGACUCAGUGAUGGGGAAGCACCGACCUCCAGCGGCAAGAGUGACAGGAAAGGAAGACUCACCAAGUCACCAAACAUUGUCAUAGAAGAUGGCCUCACCCCCACCAAGCCCCCAGAGCCUUCUGUCUCCCCGGCAUGGAGAGGCCAGCGGGGCGAUGGCACGCCCUGGGAAGGGGUGGAGCUGCACGCACACCGGGUGGUGGUGGCGGCGCGCUGCGAGUGGUUCAGACGUGCCCUGCUCUCUGGCAUGAGGGAGGCCAUUGACAGGUGCAUUGUGGUACACGGCUGCAGCGUGCACACCUUCCAGCUGUUGCUCCAGUUCCUCUAUGCCGGUCAUGUGGACUGCUCCGCUCUGCCACCGGAUCAGCUGGUGGAUCUCCUGGUGCUAGCAGAUCAUUAUGGGGUGGAUGCACUCAAGCUGCUGGUGGAGUCUGGUCUGGAGCAGCAUGUGGAUGAUGAUUCUGUGGUGCCGCUGCUGACCGUGGCUCAUCAUUGUAACGCUGCUCAUCUCAAGGAGGUGUGUGUGCAUCAUUGUGUGGUGAGUGCUGUGGUGCUGGAAGGGGAGACACUCACACAGCUGCCUGAAGACCUGCGGCACCAUCUUACUCUGGCACUCGGCAAGCACAGGAAGUGGUGGACAGGAGCCAUAGGGGAGGAGGUGUUGGUUGGGGGUGAAGGUGUUGGGGGCGGGGAGGACAGCCCCCUCUCUGUCUCCUCCACCGAUCCCCUCAUUGAUGACCCCACCAGCCUCAUUCAUCCACUCCAAUGUGGCAUGUGCGAGGAUUCCACAGGUGAGGGCAGUGGUGGUGGUGGUGGUGGUAGCAGGCUGGAAGCAGUCGUUCAGCAGCUAAGGGAGGUGGUGGGGCAGCAGGUCCCCCGCACUACUCUUAUUCAGAUCACACUUGCCGCUGAUUAUGACCUGAAUCGAGCUCUUAACUUCUUUUUCACCAACUCCUCCUCCUCCUCCUCAUCCUCCUAGGUGAGGUCAGGUCAGGUCAGAGCUGUGGAUUCCUGGUGCCUAGUGUGGUGAAGUAUGGUAUGUUUUGGUUUGAGGGUACUUGCAGAUUAUUAGCAAUAGUAGUUGUAGCAGUAGUGGUAGUAGUGAUAUCUACAUAUUAGCAGUUAUUAUUAUUAUUAUUUUCAGUUGUUAUUAUUAUUGUUAUUUAUUGUUAUUA